AUGGUGGUUACAGUAGUCUAUUGUUUGGCUCACAUGGCUUAUUAUAUAGUUUGUUGCUACUACUUAAUUGGUGCGGAUCGUGAACGCAAAAUGUACAUGAGAGACUCGAUUCUGGAAGUUUAUGGGUUGGAUUCUUUGGAUUCUAACAUGAUUGUCACUUUAUACAAGACCCAGUUGAUGAAAGCACUAGUCGUCCAAUCAGUGAUCCCGAUUGUUGUCAGCUUUGCACCCUGUGUCUUCUCCUGGUAUUUACCGGUUUUUGGUGUUGAUCUGGGGCGCGGAGUCUACCACACGUCAUCUAUCGCAGUGUCCGCGUUCCCAUUCUUUGAUCCCUUGGCUAUUCUAUUUUUUGUUCCAACUUUCCGAAGAAGAUUGAGAGAAGGAUUUCAUUUUUUGUUGAAACCAUUGCCGUCUGAUCAGACAGAUAGUAGACAAGUAGACUGUAGACAAGAAUAA